AUGAAGUUCACCGCCGUCCUCACCUCUGUCCUCGCCUCUGCGUCUGUCGCCAUGUCCGCCACCAUUGUCGGCUUUGCUGGUGCUGACUGCACUGGUGCGAGGGUUACCACCAACAACAUUAACAGCCGUGUAUGCCUGUCCCUCGGGAGCGGCUCUGUCAAGUCGAUUAGCUACUCGGGCGUCGGAAGCUCGAUCCAAUUUUACGUCUCUGGCGGCGCACAUGAUUCGUGCACCAAUGGUUCCCAGCUCACUCGUGGUGCUGGAUCUGGCUGUGCCACAGCUCCUGCAGGAUUUAACUGGCAGAGCGUUGCUGUCGUUUAA